AUGCACUCCGUGGCGGAAGCGCUUGUCCUUGCCUCUAUCCGCUGCCCGAGGAUACUCUUUCCUCACAAAUGCCACCCGCACCUAUUCCCGAAGGCAUAUCACAUCCUAGCAUCCCCGUCAAGACGUCUACCUUCACCUCUCAUAUUCCAUAUACCUGGCUUCUGUACCCUGCACCGCAUCACAGACUAUGCCCAACACAUCCCAUCAACAACUAGCUCUACAUCUCUAACGAUCUCACGCAAGGCUCACUCGCGUCGGUCAAGUCGAUCUCCAUUACUACCUUCAAUACCCGCGCAUUCUUCCUCCUCAUCACAACCUAUUCUUCAUACUCCUCCCCUCCCAAUACCUUCGGCGUUCAUAAACCAGCCACCGCAGUCCAUAAUCGAGGCUCUUCAGGUUGCCAUCGACACGCGCUUAACGACCCUUGCUACCAAAACUCGCCCGUCGCUUCCUACCAAAGUUCGCGUGGUAUCUGAUGAUUUGGCGAGCAAUCAGUCUUUAUCUGCGCAAAGAGGGUCUUCUGCUCUGCCCAAGGUUGUCUUGCCUUCUAUGCUCGAUUUCCUUAAUUCCAGUGAACGUGAACAACUAGCAUUUUCGGCUGCAUCGCAGAAUGCCAAGACGAGAGCGUCCAGCACGUUGCUCCGUCUAACAUCAAAUAUUCAUGGCACCAAGUGCUGUUUCAAGACGGGUAACUUGAUGCUGUCCUCGUGUCCAGGAAGGAAGGUGCGCUUCGCAGGUCAGGUCAGAGGGCGUAGCGCCGUUUGUCGAGAUCUCGACACUGAUCUACGGCGCAUAAGCCAAGUCAGGGCCCGCUAUAUUGUCUGUUGUCUCGCUGACGAGGAGCUCGAUUUUCUUGGAAUAUGAUGGUCAAACUACGUGAGCUCUGCGCAUCGGGCAGGAAUGGACAUCCUUCGGUAAGUACUGCGUCUGCUGAGUCAUUCUGCUGCUCACUUUCAUUAUACCACUACCUGAAAGCCUUGCUUCACUAUCGCCCCAGUCAUUAGACGAAUCCCUGAUAAAAACUAUCAACAAUUGCGUGGUGCAAGUAUACUUGUGCACUGUCGUGGGGCUUGGGUAGGGCAGGCCUCGUAGCCUGCUGCUGGGUACUAAAAAUCCGCUUGUGCGGAUGGAUCAAUGUAGACGACCUAUCACCGAACCCAGCAGAAGGCGCCGAUGGCCUGGAGAACUAUGUGAGGAAGGAUAUUUUACAACUCGUCGAGCGCGCGAUCACUGUUUAGUAGCAGCUUGUGUUUGGAGGCUUCCCGCACAUCGUAAUACACAGUUGCAGUCAAUGGGGGGACCCUGCAUAACUUAUUCCCGCUACAGGUCGUUAAAACAACACGC